GGCUCAAUUUUUUGUUUAUAACAAUAAUAAUAAUAAUAAUUAAAGUUAUUUGGAACCGUUGGAAUUUAAAAUUAGCCUUGUCUUGACAUUGCCUUAAGAUAAGGCAUCCAACAUCAUCCACACCACCAACACAAACCACUCAUGGCUUCUUUCCUAGGCCAUAACUCUUUGCAUACAUUCCUUAGACCUUCAAACAUCCCAUGCUUCCAAAAUCCGAAAACCUCGAAAUUCGCAGUUACCUUUGCAUCACUUCCAGCAAGAGACAGAAUCAUAGACUUUGGAAAAUACAAGGGAAGAAUGCUAGGAACCCUGCCAUCAACCUACCUAAAAUGGGUGUCCAACAAUCUUAGAGCAAGGGACUUUGAGGAGUGGGCUAAGCUAGCUGAUCAAGUCCUCGAAGACCCGGUGUACAAGGACCGAAUCGAAUGGGAGUAUGCUGAGAGGCUACUCAAUGGUGAUGUGUUACACACUAAUACCAAGUCUGAGGGUGUUGCUGAGCUGCUUGAGAUAAGUCAGAGGUUUGGAUGGGAUAAUGAUGAUAAAGUUGGGUGGAGUAAGGUUGAUUAUCAGCUUCUUGGGACCUCUAAAGGUAGGAGAAUACCAAGGGCAAAGCCGAGGAAAGAUGAGGAGGUUAUGAACUUGAAGAGAGGUGAAGAUGAAGACCGCGAAAGAUGGAGAGGAGAAAGAAGUGAGGGUGGCAUUAGAGAGGUUGGUGUAAGGGAGAGGAGAGUUGAGAGAAGAGAGAGGUUGAGAAUGCAGAGAAGGGUGUCUAAUGUGAAGAAUAACAGUAGAUUUAACAAUGUAGAUGGGGAAGAGGAUGAGGGGAGUGAGUAUAGGAAGAGCAAUGAGAGUUCUGAACAGAAUACAGGGGUUUACAAUCCAUUUCCUGGAAGAGAAACACUACUAAAAAAAACUCUCAAUCGGCGAAGAAUUGUUUAGCCAAUUCUACUUCAACCUAUGGAUAUUCG